UGGGUACUAGUGUAAAGAUCACCGAUGUUGUAUUGUUUUUUUAGAAAUUACUCUUUUAUUUGAUAAAUUGCGAUUUUCUUUUGUAUCUAAUGAUUCAAUAUGAGAUGGACAAAAAUCUUGAAUGCUGAAUUGUUAGGCGUAAUAAAUCGUUAUAGUGGAUAUCAACAAUAUCCACUGACGAUAGAACAAUUUACAUCAUUUGGGAAACAUGGAUCACAAGUUGAAUCAUUUCAAUUUUGCCGACAUCAAAUGCCUGUUCGCUUGGCCCAUAUUAUUCGUGAAAUCAACCAUCUUCCUAUAAAUUUGCUUAAAACACCAUCAGUUGAACUGGUACAAAGUUGGUACCAUCAGAGCUUUGAAGAUUUAAUCUGUUUUGCUGAAAAUCAUGGACAAAAUGAUGCGGAAAUGGCUGAUAAGUUUGAUAUUGCUUUAAAGAAAAUUCGCUCCCGUCAUGACACUGUUGUUGAAACUAUGGCACAGGGUAUUAUAGAAUUGAAAGAAAGAGAUGGCGAAGAUGCUCUUCAUCCAUCGAUACAAUACUUUUUGGAUCGAUUUUACAUGAAUCGUAUUGGUAUUCGAACUCUCAUAACACAACAUUUAUUAAUAAGUGGUGAAGAGGCUGGAAAAUCCAAAACCAACUGGAUUGGUUGCUUCAAUGAAGAUUGUUCCAUCAAGUCAGUUGUGACUGAUGCUGCGAUCAACGCACGAUUCAUAUGUGAACAAGUUUAUUUAUGCUGUCCAGAGGUGAUUGUCGAUGAACACAAUGUCUAUGGCGAUGAUGGAGAUGGUCCUAUAAGGACAACAUAUGUACCUUCUCAUCUUUAUCAUAUGAUAUUUGAACUUCUCAAGAACUCAAUGCGCGCUGUUGUUGAGCAUAGUCCUGAGGAUCAACUACCUGAUGUCAAAGUGUUGAUUACCAAGGGUAAAGAGGAUCUUACGAUAAAGAUAUCUGAUCUUGGUGGAGGAAUUCCAAAAAACCAAAUUGAAAAGUUGUUCUUAUACCACUAUACGACAGCUCCACAGCCUGUUUCUCUUGGUGAUGGUCCAGCUCUUGCUGGCUAUGGAUAUGGAUUGCCUUUAUCAAGAUUGUAUGCAAAAUAUUUUGGAGGUGAUUUACAGCUUUUUUCUAUGGAAGGUUAUGGAACCGACGCCCUUGUUUAUAUCAAGGCUGCUCUUGGCAAGGCAACUGAAGUUCUACCAUUAUACAACAAACGAACGUCACAAACAUAUUCAGAAGUAAAUCAUUCCGUGAAUCAAAUGAAGGAUUGGUCGUCAUCUAGCUAUUACGAAGGCCUUGGUCACGGUUAUCUUAGAGGAAGCACAUACAAAGUACGGCAUUUUGGUACACUUUCUAAUGGUUUUUUAUCGAAUCGUUUUAUCUAAUAUUUUUCACUGUCUGGAUGGAUGUAUAAUAGUUAGUGACAAAUUUACCUUGGUGCAGAAAAUAUAGAAAAAUUUUUUUUGA